CAAAUUUGCAAAAGCAUCGGAAUCAAAUAAUCCGAUUGGGGGAAGAAAAGAAAAACGUUUUUUUCAGAAAAACGCAAAUUAUUUCUUUCUAAUUUCUUUCGUUUUCCCAUCACUUUCCCGGGGGAAUCUCUGUAAAUCUUUUCUCAGAAAUCGUCGUUUCUCUCUUGCCGUUAUCCCACGAACAAUUGAGAAAGAGCAUCUACGACGGAACUAAUCCGAACUUCUCUAGCUUCAUUUUUCAACCCCAUAAUCCGUUCUUUGACCCGACGAAUUCGGCUGUAGAAAUGGCUAGCCAAGGCGGGUCAUCAAGGCGGAGCUUAUCUGUAACGACUUCUUCAUUGCACGGAAAGAAGAAAUCCAUGGACAUCGGCGAACGAGGUCUCGACACUGGCCGGAGAUCUCUUACUGUUUCUCGUUCUCCUUUGGGUUUAACAGGAGGCGAGCGAACUGUUAAACGUUUAAGGCUAUCGAAAGCCCUUACAGUACCAGCAACAACAACUAUAUACGAAGCUUGUAAAAGGAUGGCUUCUCGGAGACUUGAUGCCUUGUUGUUAACUGACUCUAAUGAAAUGCUCUGUGGGAUUCUCACAGACAAGGAUAUAGCCACCAGAGUGAUUUCACAGGAACUUAAUGUCGAGGAAACACCUGUCUCCAAGGUUAUGACUAGAAACCCGAUGUUUGUUCUUUCGGAAACACUUGCUGUUGAAGCCCUUCAAAAGAUGGUCCAAGGAAAAUUCAGACAUCUGCCUGUUGUUGAAAAUGGCGAAGUUAUUGCUUUAUUGGAUAUAGCAAAGUGUCUGUAUGAUGCGAUUGCUCGUAUGGAGAGGGCAGCUGAGAAAGGCAAGGCAAUAGCUGCGGCUGUUGAAGGUGUUGAAAAAAGUUGGGGAACAAACACUUCAGUUCCCAACACUUUCAUUGAAACGCUGCGAGACCGGAUGUUUAGACCUUCUUUAUCAACUAUUAUACCAGAUGAUACAAAGGUUUUGAAAGUGUCACCAACCGAUACAGUCUUGACUGUAGCAAAGAAGAUGGUUGAGUUUCAGUCAAGCUGUGCAGUCGUGAUGAUCGAGGACAAGCUUCGAGGGAUAUUUACUUCCAAGGAUAUACUGAUGCGGGUUGUUGCUGAGAAUCUUCCUCCAUCUGAGACUACAGUUGAACAGGUUAUGACUCAGAAUCCAGAAUCUACGACAGUUGACACACCAAUUGUUGAAGCUCUGCACAUUAUGCACGAGGGAAAAUUCUUACACCUUCCUGUCACGGACAAUGACGGAGAUGUAGUUGCAGUUGUUGAUGUAAUCCACGUUACUCAUGCUGCUGUUGCUACAGCUGGAACUACUGCGGGAAUAGGUAAUGAAGCAACAAACACAAUGAUGCAAAAGUUUUGGGAUUCAGCAAUGGCAUUGUCUCCUAAUGAGGAAGACGAGGACACGAGAAGUGAGAGCUCCUUGAAAGUUGCUUCUGAAGCUGAGACAGGGAAAUCUUUCCCUUACGCAAAUACAUUUUCUUUCAAGAUCGAAGACAAGAAUCACAGAAUGCACAGAUUCAUAAGCGACACUCGGAGUUUGACAGAAGUGAUAACCGCGAUUCUUCAGAGAGUAGGGAGUGAUAUCGAUCCAGACAACUUACCCCAAAUUUUGUAUGAAGACGAAGACCACGAUAAAGUGUUGUUGGCUUCAGAUAGUGACCUUCAAGCAGCCAUAGACCAUGCAAAAUCAAUUGGCUGGAAGAGUCUGAGAUUAUAUUUGGACGAUUCAAGAGAAGGCAAAGGAAGAAGAAGAAGAAGAGCAGCGGGAUCAGCAGAAUCAAUGGAGUAUGUAGAGACAGACGCUUGGGCUGCGGCAUACAGUGGAGUUGCGGCUGGUGCAGCAUUAGUAGCUGGUCUUGGUUUUAUGGCUUAUCUCAAAAAAUUUGGACAUUGACUUCUCAAAAAAAACACAAUGAAGUUCUCUUACAGAUCAAAUACAGAAAAAAGUGUCAUGCCAUAGAAAACAGAGACAGGUUUUGAAGAUUUUGUGUGAAAUAAUUUAUAUACAAAGUUAUCUUUGGGAUUUUUUCUGGUUUCUUUCUUGAUAACAAAAUAUCUAAAACUAGUACAUCAAUGGGGAACUCAAGAACAAGGCUUAGAAUCUUGUCUAAACUGAUCACACCAUUAAAAAAAAAAGAAACUCAAACAGAACAAGGGCUUUGCCAUGUGGAGAUAUCUGCUAUAAGUUCUCGAAAUUUGUCGAUAAGUUGUUUGACAUGAACAUUCCUCUUUGCGAUCUCCUGCAUUCACAGACUUAAGGCCUGCUCCUCCAACUUUUCGAUUUCUUCUUCACUUUCAGGAGUUCCUAAACCACUUUCCGUUUCAGAUGCUUUUGCCUUCUGCGAAUUGGGAAUCGCAGCAAGAACAGCACGAAGCGAAGUCACGGAGUUCUUAUAGCGAAGACUAGCUUCAUCCAGAGCGCUAUUUCCGCUUCCUCCGCCGCUGCCACCAGCACCGGAUUCCGAAUGAUGCGGCGCUCCAUCAAUCGCAGUCGCAUCGACGGAAACGAGAGCCGUCCCGUUGGAACCCGUCGUCGUUGUCUGAGCAGCGGAACUCGCAGUGGCUGAUGUAGACCACAAGGAAGGAUUGCAGAGCUCGUCGUUCAUGGCGGAAAUUAUCUGAAAAGCCGCUUCGAUAGUCUCUUCCAAAUGCUUUUCCCCUUCCAUCGCAAGAUCUUGGGUCGUCAUCGUCAUCGUCGUCGUCGUCGUCGUCGUCUUCGAUGCUAUCACAAUACUGGAGACCGCUUUCUUCUCCAUCACAGUAAAGGAUCGCUGAAGUACGGCGUCGUUUAAGCAAG